UUGUUUCCGGAAACACAAAAAUAUUUUCAGUGUGGUCCUACAAAUUUGUCUGUUUGGUUGAGCGAAAGACUAAUCUACUUCAGUCGGCAAAGGAACAGGCAUGGCGGACGUAGAAGUGCUGUACAAGUCUUAUGGUGUGUUGGCAGACGCCGGGGAAAACGUAGCUCAGCAUACAGCCGAGUAUGAGGCACUCAUCACUGGUACGAAAGGAAGCACCGGCUCUAAGCGCCUGGCAGCCGACUUCAUCACCAAGUUCUUUGCACACUUUCCUGACAUCGCCGACCGUGCCAUCGAGGCUCAGCUAGAUCUGUGUGAAGACGAAGACCAGCAGGUGCGCCAAGCUGCCAUCAAGGCCCUGCCAUUACUGUGCCGUGAAGGCAUGGAUAACUCUCAGAUUGGCGAUGUUCUGGCUCAGCUGCUGCAAUCUGACUCGGCCUUGGAGACGAAGAUUGUGCGAAAUGCUCUCAUUUCCCUGUUGAAGAAAGACACGAAAGCUGGAUUAGCUGGCCUGUUUCUCCAGAUCGUCUCGACUGAAGUUCUAGCCAAAGACAGAGCUGUAGCGUUCUUGGGCACGGUACUCGUCGACCUUGUUCCGGAGUUAGUCAACCCGCACCCGGAGAUCGAGGAGUACAUUCUUUCUGAGGCGAAGGACGCACUUAAACACGUGACUGGCACCCAGUUCAGUUCUGUCAUGCUGGUACUCCGCAAGCUGAAGUGCACGUCUGCACAGGCCGGCAUCCAGAAGUUGGCAGAGGUCCUUGCUACAGUUGGUGGCUUCAGCGCAGCCGAUGAGCCAACAGAAGGUGAGGCAAUGCUGCGGGCGGUAGCGUGCGCGUCAGAAGCAGCACACCUCUGCAAGCGAGGAGCGGCGCCAAAGGUUUUCAUUGACUACUUGGUCAAAGUAGCGUUGCCCAGUUUGGGCAGCCUGCCGGAAGACGUGCAACUGAUGGCUGCCAAGGGCCUUGCCUUGUUAGUGCACCCACUGGUCAUGAAACAGGAAGACAUUCAAGCAUUGUGCGAGCCAGCACUGGAGGGGCUCAUGUCCCUUUUACCCGAAGCACCACAGCCGACCGAAUCCGACGAAGCUCCUGCUACUCCGGAGAUCAACUAUCGCGUCGCUGAGUCCGUCCUGUACGCGUUCCACCAGCUGGCAAAGAAGUGCCCAGAGUUUAUGCAUUCGGAUGAGGAGGCAACCACGAGGCUACGCCUGCUCAAAGUGCGAUUGCAGUUCUUAGGACUGUGUUGCCAGUCUGCGCUGAAGGAUCUGAAGGCAAGUCAAGCCACAGAGGCAGCUGUGACGAUCAAAGCUAUCCAGAAUAUCUCUCUGCUGAUCAAGACUUUCUUGAAGGCCCCACCAAGCUAUCAAACCUCUUUCACAUUGUCGUUCGCAAAGCCUGUGACUGCGCCUGCAGCGUAUAGCACCGUGACCUCCCCGACAUCAGAUACCACUGCACAAAAACGACCAGCACCGGCAACAGCAGGAGCUGAUGUGCCCAAACGGCCCAUGACCGGUAAGGAGUUGCGUGAGCAGUACAGCACAGCCGCCCCUGGGGGCCGUCCACAGCAACAACAGAAGCAGCCGCCGCAGCAAGGAGGACGUUCCUACACUAACCGCGGCGGUGGCCGGGGACAGUUUCGCGGCCGCGGUCAGGGGCGCGGAAGCUUUCGGCCACGCACCAACAACGACUGGAAGGGUCCCAACUUUUGAAGUCUUGUCCGUUUCGCCGUCCGUCGUCUUGCCCUGAGGGUUAUCUUGUGGACUGAACUCUUUGCUGUCUGCAGUCACAGUGUUGGUCUGUUGACUGCUCACAGCAUCUUUAUACCAUCCUUGACUAGCACGUAACACCCACCCUUACUUUUUUAAAACUAUGAUUUCGUUUAGGUGAUCUGGAACCAGUUGGGGUGUUCCUAUGUAUGUUUGUCGCUGGCUACUGUGUUAGCCGAGUUGGGUCUUGUCACCAACACCUCUUCCCCGCGUGUAGUCAUGUGUGGCUCCCGGACAGACGUGGGUGCAGAGCGUGUCGCCUGCGUGGCCUGUAUGUACUCAAGUGCUGUGUCCGGAGUCUCGUCUUGUAGCAACUGCAUGUACAUGUGUGCGUGUGCUCUUUUUUUCUUUUGGUUGGGUGCUUCAACGCUACCCUUCUGCUGUGCUGUAUUUGUACGUUUCUAUUCGCUACUGUGCACAACUCUUCUUUCCUUUAUGUUUCAGGCCAGUACUGCCCAAUCUGCACACGUCAUGAGCAAAGCCACUAGUUUUUGUUUGGGUCUUAGUAAACUUUAGUAGUAGGUGGGUCACCUCUUCCGUGUCUAGUUGACUUUUCAGAAUGGAUUGCUACCACGUCUGUCAAUUGUUAGCUAUCUGCACGUUCUCUGUCUCGCACCCACACCGUUGUGAUUGGCAGUUUCAUGAAGUAUAGUGCUGUUGCUUUGA